AUGGCUACAGAGGACAAUGAGAAAGGGGUGAGAGCGGCAGCGCUGACUGGGACCAGGUCCAACCACCACUUCCAGGAGAUACAGCAAUACUCUGAGCCGGUUUGCCAGUCAAAAGGAUAUGACGGCCAUGGAAGCCCUCAGAGUCCUUCCCUGCUGUCAUACCGAAAGCUGUCUAAUGACAUCGGAGAAGGGACGCUUUUAGAUGAUGUAUACCAAUGCUUGGAUUACAACUCAAAACUUCUGGUAGACGGGAAGAAAAUUAAAGGAAUUACUAAUGCGACCACUCUGACAGCUGGGGGAGAUUCGCCGUGCCAAUGGGAAUCCCAUGGUGAGGGUGAGGAUGCGGGCAAAUGCAGGACUGGCGGCAGGGCCUGCUGCCCCGAUCCCUGCCCCUGCACUGCCUCCAGCCUUCUUCACUCCAGCUGUUGCUACAGCCCUACGUCCGGCCCAAGCUCUGUCUCUAGCGCCAGCCUCUGCUCCUGCUCCUCUCAGCCCAUCCAAUGCCACAUCCGCCGCAGCAGCCUGCCUGUGUCCAUGCUGGCUUACCACAAGGUGUUGCCGGCUCGCUCAUCCUGCCCUGGCAGUCCGUCUAGUGAACCACGCUCUGUAGUAUCAUCUCCCUGUAGUUCCCUCAUUCCCAGCCACUGCCGGCAUCACCAAAAUGGGCAAAAGGCCAGCCAUCAGCACAGGCACUGCCUUAAAGAUGGCUACUCCAGUUUAGAAAGGCUCAACAGAAGGGCCCGGGUAAACAAGGUGUCUGUAGAGAAACUUUUCCGGCGGCGGGCAUCUCUAGAAACAAUGUUGAGGAGCAGCAGGCAUGAAGAGGUGUCAUUCUCAGGGGCAUCGAGGAGCACCAGAGACUGCGACAGAGAUGAGGGAGAUGAGGAGGAUUUUUUGGACGACAGUGAAUUCGUGCGGAACCGUAAAGAGCGCUCCACGGUCCUGGUGAGGCGGUUCUUCAAGAAUAACCAGAAGGUGACCAAGUCGGUGUGCACUGGGACCAGAGCCAUAGUCCAGGCACUGCCUUCAGGAAGGAUUUCAGAGGAGGCCUGGAUGGGGGUUGUUCAUUGUAGGACAUGGCAAACCAGCCUGAAAAAGAUUCAGCCAAUCCUGAUGCUCGGUACAGAGAGCCAAGGUGGUUGUCUGAGGGUCUGCAGAGGGAUGCUGUUCUCCGUAGGGCUCAGGCUACUGCAGGUUCCACAGGACUCCCAGGCUGCGCUGGCAGGCUUCACCCACAAUGACACACCCAAGUUCUAG